AAACUUGCCGGUGCACGGAAUUAUUUACAUGUGACGCAGCCACACGGCUAGAACGAAAGAGAGAAUACUAAUGCUUCUGAGUACACUUUCUACUCGUAACUCCAUGGGCUUCGUGUAUUUUCUGUUUUUGGUUCGUUGCCCUGGGAACUAAUGUGAUGCCGUUCCCAUAUUCGUCUCAGCAUCUUAAUGUAAGAGUUUAGAAUCCAAUGGGAAAGGAGGUGAGGUCACCACCAGUUCCUAGACUAUUUUAACUCACAGUUGGCUAGGAUUAGAGUCAUGGCCAUGUUCCCUACAAAAGCAAAAAUUCUGCACAGGCUGCUACAGUUUAGACAUACAUUUUGGUCCUCUCCUUCACUUGGAAGAGCACCUUGCUCCAGACUGGUUCUGGGCAUUGAGACAAGCUGUGAUGACACUGGAGCUGCUGUGCUGGACGAGACAGGUGAAAUACUGGGAGAGUCUCUACAUUCACAGAAAGAAGUUCACCUGAGGACUGGUGGCAUCAUCCCCACAGUGGCACGACAGCUCCACAGCGAAAACAUAGAGCGUGUGGUCCAGGAGGCUUUGGAGAGGAGCGACACGGACCCGAGCCGGCUCUCAGCUGUGGCCACCACUGUGAAGCCCGGCUUGGGCCUGAGCUUGGGCAUCGGUCUUGAGUUCAGUCAGAGGUUUGUGAGGCAGCACAACUUGCCCUUCAUCCCCAUUCACCACAUGGAAGCCCACGCCCUGACCGUCAGGAUGCUUCAACCUGUCGCCUUCCCCUUCCUGGUCCUGCUCGUUUCUGGUGGUCACUCACUUCUUGCUGUGGCUCGAGGAGUCGACGACUUUCUGCUUUUGGGUCACACUUUGGAUGAAGCUCCAGGGGAUACACUGGAUAAAGUGGCAAGACGUUUGUCCCUCAUAAAACACCCACAGUGUACCACGCUAAGUGGAGGACAAGCUAUAGAGCUUCUAGCGAAGGAUGGCGACAGGAUGAGGUUCCCUUUCAGGACACCUAUGGGACAAACAUAUGACUGCUGCUUUUCUUUCGCUGGGCUACGGAAUCAAGUUAACAUGUUGAUAAUGAAAAAAGAAGCAGAGGAAGGUAUCGAACAGGGGACACUGUUAUCAUGCGUGAAUGACAUUGCAGCUGCCACACAGCACACAGUGGCCUCUCAUCUUGCAAAGCGCACACAUCGAGCCAUCUUGUUCUGCAAGUCCAUCGGCCUGCUGCCAUCGAGCAGUCCCACCUUGGUGCUGUCUGGAGGAGUCGCAAGCAAUCAGUAUAUCCGCAAGGCUUUAACUCUCAUCACUGACACGACGGGACUACGCCUGCUCUGUCCCCCAGCCAAAUUCUGCACUGACAAUGGAGUGAUGAUUGCAUGGAACGGUGUUGAACGCCUGAGAGAAGGGAAAGGGAUACUGCCUCCAAAUGUGGAUGUCAGCUAUGAGCCAAAGGCCCGGCUGGGUGUUGACAUGACAGCAGAGGUGAAGGCAGCAGCGAUCAGGUUGCCCUCAGUCCGGAUGAAGAUCCCCAACUGACACACUGUUGGUUUUGUUCUGCGCAGAA